UACAAAGGAGCCAAUAUUCAGCUGCUGGAUCUGCCUGGGAUCAUCGAAGGAGCAGCACAAGGGAAGGGCAGAGGGCGGCAGGUGAUAGCUGUGGCCAGGACAGCAGACGUCGUUAUUAUGAUGCUGGAUGCCACGAAGGGUGAAGUACAGAGGGCCCUGCUGGAGAAAGAACUGGAAUCCGUAGGAAUCCGUCUGAACAAGAGCAAACCAAAUAUCUACUUCAAGCCGAAGAAAGGUGGAGGUAUCUCCUUCAACUCAACUGUCACGUUGACUCAGUGCUCCGAGAAGUUGGUGCAGCUCAUCCUCCACGAAUACAAAAUCUUCAACGCCGAGGUCCUCUUCAGAGAGGAUUGUUCCCCUGAUGAGUUCAUUGACGUGAUUGUAGGCAACAGGGUCUACAUGCCGUGCCUCUACGUUUAUAACAAGAUUGACCAGAUAUCUAUGGAGGAAGUGGAUCGCCUUGCUCGGAGACCCCACAGUGUUGUUAUCAGCUGUGGCAUGAAGCUGAACCUGGACUACUUGCUGGAGAAGCUCUGGGAAUACCUGGCACUUACCUGCAUCUACACCAAGAAACGAGGACAGAGACCAGACUUUACGGAUGCCAUUAUUCUACGGAAAGGGGCCUCCGUGGAGCACGUGUGCCAUCGAAUUCACAGAUCAUUAGCCAGCCAGUUCAAGUAUGCCUUGGUAUGGGGGACAAGCACAAAAUACAGCCCUCAGAGAGUGGGCUUAACCCAUAUGAUGGAGCAUGAAGAUGUCAUUCAGAUCGUAAAGAAGUAACCCUCUUCGCUGGUGCCUGGCCUUGUCUUUAAUCGCUAGAAUUGGAACUGACCACAUAAAAGCAAAACAAAACA